UUUACACACAUCCCUAUAGUCCUAUUUUCAGCAAGAACAUUUUGUAAGUAAAAAUAAAAUGACUCAGAUAUGCGAGACAACCAACUGCGGCAAAGAGGCGACUCUGCAAUGUCCCAGCUGCCUGAAGCUGGGCAUCAAGGGCUCCUUCUUCUGCUCCCAGCCUUGCUUCAAGGGCUUCUGGAAGGAACAUAAGGCUAUACACGCUUUGGCAGGCGGAGCACAGAAGACCGCGGCUGAGAAUGGGGCUUACAACCCGUGGCCUCAGUUCAAAUUCACCGGCAAGCUGCGUCCGUUCGAACAGACCCCCAAGCGUGCAGUGCCGCUAGCCAUUCAGCGACCCGACUAUGCUGAUCACGUAGACGGACGCUCGCUCUCAGAGGAGGCCCUGCGAGGCACAACCAUCAAGGUGCUGGAUGAUGAAGAAAUUGAGGCCAUGCGGGUGGCCGGCCGUCUGGGAAGAGAGUGUCUGGACGAAGGAGCCAAGGCUGUGGAGGUGGGCACCACCACAGACGAGCUGGAUAGGUUAGUGCACGAGGCGGCCAUUGAGCGCGACUGCUAUCCAUCGCCCUUGAACUACUACAACUUUCCCAAAUCGUGCUGCACAUCGGUCAACGAAGUGAUUUGCCAUGGCAUCCCAGACCAGCGGCCGCUGGAGGACGGAGAUCUGUGCAAUAUCGACGUCACAGUCUUCCAUCGUGGGUUCCACGGAGAUCUGAAUGAGACAUUCUUUGUCGGAAAUGUCUCGGAGAAGCACAAGAAGUUGGUGCAGGUCACCCACGAGGCCCUGACCAAGGCAAUCGAGCUUGUACGUCCGGGCGUCAAGUACCGCGAAAUUGGCAACGUUAUCCAGAAGUAUGUGACCCCACAUGGUUUCAGCGUGGUGCGCAGCUACUGCGGCCAUGGCAUACAUCGUGUCUUCCACACAGCACCCAAUGUGCCCCACUAUGCCAAAAACUCUGCUGUCGGCGUCAUGGCCCCUGGACAUUGCUUCACCAUUGAGCCCAUGAUAUCCAUGGGUGUGCGCGAGGCCAAGAGCUGGCCAGAUGACUGGACUGCCGUCACCGGCGAUGGCCUCUACUCGGCCCAGUUCGAGCAAACUCUUCUAGUGAACAACAACGGCUGUGAGAUCCUGACGAAGCGACGCGAGAACAACGGCCAGCCUUGGUUCAUGGACAAGAUGUGAAGAGACGAAGAUCGUGCCAAGCCACUGCCAAUUUGGAUACGAAAUUCUCAUUAUUUUGUGGUUUUCACGAGGCUUUAAUUUUUACAAUAAAAUCUACAGUUUCUAAA